CCAGGACAGCGAUGAAGCUCCCAGCAUGACCAAAGCUUGGCAUCGAUGCAGGACCUGAACUCUAAGCCAGCACAUUCCUAAGCCAACCAACCCAAACCACAAAACCUCCCACCAGAGCCUCGCUAUUCAGCAACUUCGAGGGCUUCCACGAAGCAUGAACUUUACCUUGACCUCCGAUUGAACCCAUCCUUGCACCAAUUAUGAAAUGACCUGAGCCUGCCGCCAACAUUCCUACCACUCAUUCGCCUGUUACUCUGCUGUUCAAUAUGGAGGACUCAAGCAAGCUCGAUCGACAGUCAUCAACACCAUUUCUCCUAAAGCUCUUCUACCGCACCGGCUCAUUUCACAGGACGGAUGAACUCGCCUCCCCAUCCCACCUCCCAUCCCACCUCCCCAUCUACACCUGGACAGACUGCACCCUCUCCGAACUAUCCCACUACCUCGCCGCCGCAAGCCCGCCCAUCCUCCCCUCCCCCGCAAUCGGCACGCGCCUCGCCUUCCGGCUCGUCUACGCAGACGUCCGCGGCGGCGGCGGCGGUUCCAACGCCCCGCCCCGCUUCGUCGCCAAGGACCUGGGCUCCCUGGUGAUCGGCCACGGCGGGCCCGGCGCAGACGAAUCCGCGGAUGAGGAGGGCGACAAUGGCGGCGACGGCUCGAACGGUGCAGCGGCAGCAGGAGGAGGAGGAGGAGAAGAGGCAGGCGACAAGACCCUAGCAGACGCCAAGCUCGUCGCCGGCGACUUCGUCAGCUGCGCGAUCCUGCCGCCUCUCGAGGACACGGGCGCGGUGGCGCCACCGCUCGGCGCGCACACGGGGCGCGGCUCCGGCUCGGGCGAGGCGCUGGCGCCCAUGAGGAGGGGCGGGCGUCGUGGCGGGAUUGGCGGGCCCCGGGGUGUGGGCGGGCGCGGCGGUGGGCCCGGCGGUGGUGGUAGGGGGGUCAGGCAGUUCGGCGAUCGGGAUCGGGACUGGAAUCGGGAUAGGGACGCGGGGUUCCCGUCCGGCGAGUGGCGGCGUGGGGAGAGAUUGCCGGACGCGCCGGCUAGUCGGGGCCGGGGCAGAGGGCCGAGGUGGUGAGGCGGAUAAGCGUAUAAUUCUCAAACCGGUCUUUUGGAGGCGGCGUGAGGAGGCGUUUUGGCGGGCAUGUUUUUGAGGCCUUUGGCCUGGUAUUCCUAGAUUUCUAGCACGGCGUCAUAUAUCUUUUA